CGAAAUUUAAACAAAAAUAACCAAAUGUGAAAGUGAGGAACAGCAAAAAAACUCAGACAUCGACUCAGUUCAAUACAAAGUGUCGGAGGCGAUAGUUCAACACCAGCCAAACACUGGGAUUAAACGAAGGAAAGACAUUAAAAUGGCCGUAACAGAUUUAUUAACAUUCGAUAAUGCUGUCUUCAAAGCAUAUACCUUCUGGAGUGGAGUUCUGUUGCUCAAAUUGCUGGCAAUGUCUGUGUUGACAGCCUUACAUCGUUUCAAGACCAGGACCUUUGCCAAUCCUGAGGAUUGUAUGUCCAAAAAAGAUAAAGUCACCUAUGACAAUCCCUACGUUGAACGUGUUCGCAGAGCUCAUCUCAAUGAUUUGGAAAACAUUUUGCCCUUCUUCGUCACUGGUUUCUUCUAUGUCUUAACUAAUCCCUCUGCUUUCUUGGCCAUUAAUUUAUUCCGUCUUGUUGCUGCUGCUCGUAUUCUUCACACCCUCGUUUAUGCUGUUUUUAUUAUCCCUCAACCUGCUCGUGCUUUAUCCUUCUUUGCAGCGUACUUGGCCACAGCCUAUAUGGCUUUCCAAGUGGUUAUAUUUGCUUUAUAGGAUAGUUUGUCAUAGUAUGAAGUGAAUACUUAUUUUUUAAAGUACUUUUUGUAAUACAUAUUGGUUGUUGAAAAAGCAUGACAAUUUUUUGUAAAAAUAAUAAACGGAAAAUAAUAUUUUUUCAAUUUUAAUGAUA